GAGUUGCUGCGGCUUCUGCCUCUCCUUCACCCAGCCCGACCGCCGAGAACAUCACUAUGGCUCCUCCUUCAGCCACGAUCACAGCACCGAUCAACACGACCGCCACGAAGCUCCCUGCAACACCGGGGACGCUGAGUAGUCACAACCUUACAACCCUGCCGGCCUCCCCCGCCCCACUUUCUCUGACUCUGACGGGGUCGUCAAAGAUGCCUACAGUGGGGGCCUCUUUAAGCACCACCCGUCCUUUGCUCACGGGGCACGGAGCCCUGACCACCACCAUCACCACCGUUGCAGACAAAGCGACCUCAUGGACACCAGCGCCGGUGCCUCCCACAAACGCCUCCUCUCCAGGGGGGGCUGCUUCCAAAGGCCUCACCUCUGCCAGCGGGCCGUCCACGUUGAGCCUUUCCCCCACCUCGCCUCUCCCCUUGAGGCCUGUCACGUCCACAGCGGAAAGCCCGGGAUCCCCAUCCGUUAAUGGGAGCGCUUCGGCUGUGCCUGGAAUUGGCAGUCCUGCUGCAACCUUGGGAACUGUUGCAACUGCAAAAGCUGGAACAACAAGCAACGGUAAAUUAUCGGCGGCGCCAGAGAUUUCUAAGAUGCCCAACGGAUCGCUGACGACCACGAUGCCCAAAACUACAGGGGUCCCAAGGAGCUCCACUGCUCCGUCCUCGAGUAGCAGCGUCACAGCUCACCCAGGCUCCAAGAUUCUGCCUUCGGCUGCCUCCACAGCGACCUCAGUGCCUGGGGAGGAUCACGUCCCAUCUCCUUCCAGCGGGGCAGACGUCACUUCAGUGCACGUGCAGAAGAAGAUUGUUUGUGAGAACGUGAUGCCCUACAAAAGCCACGCGAUCAUUCUGACCUUAAACGAGUCGAGGCCUUGUAAGAGCUUGGAGGGAAGCACACUGAAAGAGACCCUUAUGGAGGUGCUCUGCAGAGCCGUGAAGCCCAACUUCAACCAGAGCCGGGACAAGUGUACGGUGCGGCUGGCCUCAGAUAAAGAGGAUCCCAAGAAACUGGCUAUUAUCGGAGUAUCUGUGCAAACAAACUCUGUGGAUAAAGAAUUAUCUGAAGCUCUGGCUGCAAAGAAGACAGAGUUGGAGAAGCUUGGAGUUAACAACAUCACCCACGGUGGCCAACCCCUGGACGCUGAGCCCACGGACCAUCUCAGCCUCCCUCUGAUUAUCACCAUCAUCUGCAUGGCGGCGUCUCUGCUCCUCGUAGCUGCCGUCUAUGGCUGCUGUCACCAACGUAUUUCUCAGAGGAAGGACCAGCAGCGCCUGACGGAAGAACUUCACACCAUUGAGAACGGCUAUCACGACAACCCCACCUUGGAAGUGAUGGAGACGUUAUCCGAGAUGCAGGAAAAGAAGGUCAACUUGAACGGGGAGCUUGGAGACAGCUGGAUCGUCCCCAUGGACAGCCUCACGAAGGAGGAUCUGGAUGAGGAAGAAGACACCCAUUUAUAAGUUGGAGUUUAAAAAAAAAAAAAAAAGGGGGGGGGAGGAGAUGUGAGGAUAAAACAAGAUUGAACUUCAUG